AUGUAUUCUAAUUAAGACCCCGAAGAAUAAUUUGAGCUGAAUGAAUUGAUUGGAGAAGGCGCUUAUGCAAAAGUUUAUAAGGGGAAACACAAGAACGGCUAAAUAGUAGCUAUAAAAAUAGUUCCUUCCACUGGUGAGAUACAAUCAUUAAUCAAGGAGAUCCAGAUCUUAAAAGUAUUAUGACUUAUGAAAGUAGGAAUGUUAACAUGCCCAUAUAGUACAAUAUUACGGUUCCUUUUAUAAGGAUGGAAAUUUAUGGCUUGUGAUGGAAUAUUGUGUGGGAGGGUCAAUUAUUGAUCUGUUGAAAAUCACCUAGAAAACCUUAACGGAGUCAGAGAUUGCUGCCAUUUUAUAUCACGUCCUCCUUGGAAUUGAAUAUUUGCAUGCGAAUAAAAAAAUCCAUAGAGAUAUCAAAGCUGGAAAUAUUUUAUUGGAUGAGAAGGGAACAAUUAAAAUUGCAGACUUCGGAGUAGCUGCACAACUCAUAUAUACGAAUGCAGACAAAGUAUUUUUACUCUAAUUCAAAGGGUACAGUAAUAGGCACUCCUGUUUACAUGUCUCCCGAAGUUAUAUCUAAGAAUCGAUAUAACCAUCUAACGGAUAUUUGGUCUUUGGGAGUGACUGCUAUUGAACUUGCAGAAGGAAAGCCCCCAUAUUCUCACAUUCAUCCUGUAAGAGCGAUGUUUGCCAUUAAAAACAAUCCACCUUAGGGUUUAACCAAUCCUGAAAAGUGGUCCAAGGAAUUUAACGAUUUCGUUAAAUCUUGCUUAAAAGUACAAGUCUCAGAAAGACCCAGUGCUUAACAAUUACUUUAGUCUCCCUUUAUCAAAUAAGGCAAGCAAGACUAAAAGAAAUUAGUAAAUCUCAUUGAAAACUUUCUCAACUAAAUUGAUGAGUAUAGGUAAUCAAAAACCUAAGGGAAUUUAGAAAAAGUUUAAACCUUAAUCUCUAAACAAGAAGCUAGUGAAGAUGAAGAAUAGUCAUGUGGAACUGUUGUGGAAUGUGGAACUCUUGUGAUUAAAGAAGAGGAAGCCUAGAGUAAAAGCAAAAGUGAAAAAGAAUUGGAUUUUGUAGCUUAUGCUAAAAAGGAGAAAAUAAUAAAUGAAAUAAUUGAUGAACAACUAAGUGAUGAGUAAUAAAUGGAAAAUAUGAAUUAAGAUGACAGAAAGAAGUUUUUGGCAUUUUUGUAAUCACAAAUGGAAGAGGAAAUCUCAAAAGUAAAAUAAAAGUAUAUGCCUAAAAUUGAGAUGCUAACUCAAAAAAUUAAACAAAACGAACCCCCAGAAUUGCCAAAGCCAUAGGAAUAUAUUCCUAAGAUUAAACCAUAGGAAUAUAGUAAGCCUUAGGAAUAAAUUAAUUAGAGCAAACCUCAGCAAUUGAUCUAAACUCAAUAAUCUCAAUUAAUCUAAUAAUAAUAACAACCAUAAAAAAUUGAAGUUUCAGUUCCAUUUCAAGUCAAUCCAGAAGUUUUAUAAAAAUUAUCAAAUAUGAAAAUCCCUCAAAUCAAAAUGUAGAAUAUAAGUUCUCCAACAGCUUAGUUAAGAUCUAAUCCUAAAUAAAAAGUAAAUCCUGAGUAUUUAGUAAAAUAAAAUAUAAAUUCUAAUUAUUGA